AUGAGUAAGACUACACAUCAAAGGCCUCUAACUGCUCUCAAUAGAGUAGCUCAUCAGACUACAUCUACCCCUGAUUACUCGAAAGAACACUGGGCAUGGCAAUAAAGAAUCAAAAGAGAAGCUCUUGCUAAUCCGAAACCAGACUAAUAAGAUGCUUUGAGGACCCUAUACAAAAAUCUAGUGUAGCAGUAGAUAACUCAAAAAUAGUCUGGAGAAAGCACACUCAAAGUUUCAAGUUUAUUAUCAACUUACCAUGGAAAGUUUUCUGACAAUUAUACUCCAUUUCCACAUUAACUAACCCAAGAUCAAAUUAAAAUGGUUGAAGAAAAAGCAAAAUAAGGAUUCUAGACUACUUAUGAUUAGUGUUUCAACAAGCAUCAAUAGUUCUAGCCAAACAAUAAUCAUUAAUUUGCACCAGCAGCGAUGGUACUUGAACCUAGAUCAAAGAUGACUUCUUCAAGAAACAAAAGCAUGAUAGAAGAAAGGGAUUAAACAAAGAUCUCAUCAAAUGAUCUUUAACAUAGCAUUUCUAUUCCAACUUAAAAGUCAAGUAAUCAAAAUAAAACGAAUAAAAGCAGAGUGCAGUCUGCAUUUAACAAGGCUAAGUGGGUAAAAGGUUCUAAGAAAGGGAGCUAAAAGAGUAACAAUGAAACCUAGAGUAUAAGAUUCAAUGAAUCAGUGGAUGAUUAUCAUGUAUCUUCCAGUAAGAUUUCUAAAGCUUAGCGAAUGCGUUGGUUAAUUGAGGAUCAAAGAAAAGAUCAAGAUAGGAAAGAUUCUCAAACUGGUAUCAGCAGCACAAACAGAUCUUCAGCUUUGAUAGCUGAGAAACAAAUGAUUAAGUCGCAUUUCUAAAGACCUAAAUCUUCAGUAGGCUCCUAUCUUCAUCAGAACGAUUUGACUUUUGACAGUUAAGAUGGAGGCUAAUAUUCUAAUAUGCUGACAAAGCAUAAUAGAUCAAUGCAUUAGAGAGCGAAUUCUAUCACAGGGAGCUAAUAAAAUGGAUAAAAUGAAAUCAAUUCUUAGAAACUAGAUUUUGUCUAUUAGGGCUAAAUGAGAGACUACAUGCAAAGACUUGGCUAUGAAGAGAGACGUAAAUUUUUGCUUGGAUAGAUUAGUCAAAAUAUAGAUGAGAAUCCUGAGGAGUUUGACAGAGCGAGUAGUGUUGCAAGCUAAUCAUUUACCAAUGCUUCAUUCUCCGCUGUGAGUGGAGGUAGAAGACGCAGCGUAACAACUAGCAAAAGCUAGAUUAGUUAAAGCAUUAGUGUUGGAGGUUCCUCUCAUGUUAUUAACAGUCUCACUUCACAACUCUAAAAAGAAAAAGAUAAAAGAUCAAAGCUAGAAGAGGAGGUAAAUAAACUUAAACAGCAAGCAUUAGCAAUAAGUAGAGGUUUGCUGAAGAAUAAAGCAAAUAAGCAUUGA